AUGAGUACGCCAAGCGUAAUUUCAGUACUUCUUAGGGAAGAAUUUGUUGUACCUCUUCCCACCCGUUCAAACCUAAACCUAAAUAGAAUCCAAACCCCCAAAAAAAAAGUUUGCAUCCAGCAUAUCUUCUGCCCAUCGAUCUCCAUCGUCGUCCCCUCCAAAUUUGCAACCCACCACCUACCGUUGCCCCACCUUGCCGUCGCCACACCUCUUCGGCGCCUUCCUUCUUCCUUCUCCAUCCAGCAGUCGAUGUCGCUUAUCAAAGGAAAUCCGAAAGCCACUUCUUUGAAAACCGUCUCAUUAUUGCUUCCAGAGCUUUGUGCAGAACUCUUUGAUGGAAACAGUGCAUAUGGUAAUCUCAGCUAUGCCACAUCCCAAAUACCAUCAGGAGAUGGAUCAUCUUCUUUCCAUGUCGCACCACUAAAUCUUAUGGACGCACCUUCCAUUAACAUAGAUGUGGAUGAUUACUUUUCCAAUCAUACUGGUGAGCAUUUUACUUAG